GCAUUCCCGGUGUUCAACAGGUGCUGGACGCAGACAUACAAUGCAGUCAACAAUGAAGCUGUUAACCAUCAUUACGUUGAUUUCCAUCACCUUCAACAGUUCACAUCAAUCUGGAGCGAAGCUGCGUCCUGAUGGAGUACUCAAUUUAUACCCGUUCCCAAGAGUCGGCAGAGCCUCGUAUCGUACCUGGCAGAUUCCUAUCAACGACGUGUACUUGGAUUACGAGCCAGUCGAAAAACGUCAGCUAUACGCGUUCCCCAGGGUGGGCCGUGGUGGUCCCCCAUCGGACCGCAACGAGCCCCACGACGACUUGCUAGGACUUCACUUAGACGACCCCGGAAUGUGGUUCGGACCUCGACUCGGUAGGUCAUUGAAGAAUGGUGACGAUGAUGUUGUCAACCAGAAUGAAGACGGUCGCAGUGAGCGGGAACAAAUUGAUCAAAUUGCGCACGAAGAGAGAAUGAAACGGCGCAGUAAAUUACUCUAAUUCAGUACCAUUAAAGAUUACAGCUGCAAUACUUACCCGAGAGAUCUUAACGCUACGUUGAAUUUAUUCUAAACUUAUCUCUGUUCUAAUCCUGUUGGAUUGGUUUCAGAACUGCAAGCAUAUAUCUAUAAGUAAAUAACAUAUUUAUAUACGUCGCGAGUUUUCUAUUUCCUUUAAGAAGACUUGAAUUUUCAUAUAUUCAAUAAUUGUAAUUUAAUAGUUGAUACACAAUACAGGUAUUAUAUUCAGACGAAGAUCUUCCAUCAUAAUUUUUAAACUCAACGUUUAACUUAUUGGUUUCUCUUUUACUAUCGAUUUCUGGAUAUAAAACCAGUAGCUGAUUAUAAAAUAUCCUAUCAAGUAUUUUUUUGUAAUUGAAUAAAGAUACAGAUUACCAUUAGAUAUAUAGUUACAUCUCAUUGACAGCGAAUUUGUUAUUUGAGUCGUCUAUUAUCAAAGGUGGCAAUCUGACUUUUGGACAAUGAUUGGUAAAUCAGAAAAACGAAUUAUUGACUUUGUAUUCCAUUGGCAGUCACAAAACUCUUCUGAACGACAUCUUAGAUAAAUAACAGGUUAACUAUUAACCUUUAUUUAAUGCAGAUUUUGAAUCGUAUUCUUUGAUGGAGACGAUUAUAUUUAAAUCAAUCUGUAUUGACAUAUCAAUAAAAAUUUUUUGUCCAAAUGCACAGAUUGCCACCUUUGAUAAUAGACGACUCAUUUAUAAGAUUUAUGACUUCAGUAGAUUAAUGUUUGAAUGGCAUUUCUAAUUAUCAGCCACGACUUAACAUUUUAUUGGGAAUUGUCGAUUCGAUUCUUCUUCGUGUUGUAAGAAGUCUUGUGCCAUCGUUAAAAUGAGUAGUCGUGUAUGGAAAUCGACAUGCAACCAUCUUGUUGCGAACGAAAACUUGCUGAAUUUAUUUCAAUGGCUGGGUGGAUCCUAUAGUAUCCAUGAAAUAAUUUUGGCAACGAACAUAAUUAGUAUUAAGCUAUAUCUAUAAUUAUUUGUAUUCGUAUGAAUUUAAUUAAUUAUUGAAAAUUAAAGUGAAAUUCGUCUGGUA